GGCCUUAGACCUGCAACGCAUGCUGUCAAACUAGGGGAUAAUCUCACAGCUCUCGUUUUGUAUGAUUGUAGAUAAAUCAGACCCUGAUGGUGAUAAGGCAGUGAACAGGCCUAACACAGCUGAGAACGUACAGUGACAUUUUGACUUGAUAGAUUUAUCAUGGGGGAGAAGUCGGGUGUCAGGCGCAGAAGACUUGUUGGUCAGCGAUCUGACGAUUUGGACAGGGAAGCCUAUCAUGAAGAAGCAUCUCAGGGAUGGAACAGACCUGCCUGUCUCAUUGGCGUGUUUGCAGCCUUAAUUCUAACUCCAAUCAUCAUUGCUGUUAUUCCUGCUCCUAUAGAACCAGUAGUGUAUCAACUCAAAGAGCCCCCUGUUUUUGAGGGACCACUAGAGCCGAACAACCACUUGCAAAAAGCAGAACGCAUAUAUGAAAACCAGCUGAUAGGACCAGAGUCCAUUGUUGUGGAUGGAGAACACACAUAUACAGGUACUGCAGAUGGGAAAAUAUUACAUAUACAUAAAGGGGAGAUAACUGUCCUGGCAAAACUGGGCGUCGAACCAUGUGGUACAUUUGAGUCGGAACCAACAUGUGGUCGCCCGUUGGGAAUGCGGUUAGAUAAAGAGGGAUACUUGAUUGUAGCAGAUGCUUACUUAGGGCUGUUCAGAGUUAAUGUAGCCACAGGUGAUGUGUUUGCACUUUGGCCAUCCACUUUCUCUAUUGGUGGAGAUAAGAUCCGCUUCCUCAAUGAUGUGGCAGUUGCCAGCAAUGGACUCAUUUACAUGACAGACUCCAGCACAAAGUGGGAUCGGCGCCACAAUCGUUACCUUGUUCUGGAAGCAGACAGAAGUGGCAGGCUACUGGAACAUGACCCAAAGACUAACACCACAGCGAGGAUUGCCAGUACCAUGGCCUUCCCAAAUGGUAUACAGUUGUCAAAGGAUGAAGAUUUCCUGUUGAUCUGUGAGACAACUAAAGCAAGAAUUUUAAAAUAUUAUUUGACGGGGUCAAGAUCAGGGGAGAUAAGUGUGUUUAUGGACAAUUUGCCUGGUCUACCAGACAAUAUUCGUCCGAGUAGCAGAGGUGGGUUCUGGAUAGGUAUGGCAGCAGCCCGGCGCGGGGGGAAAUUUAGCUUGAUAGAUUAUGCAUCACAGAGACCCUGGCUAAGAACACUCAUCACAAAGCUGCUCUCCCAAGAAAUGAUAAUGAGAUUUAUACCCAAGUAUGGCUUGGUGAUUGAAGUCAGUGCUGAUGGAAAGAUACUGCGAAGUCUGCAUGACCCUACAGGAGAGGUUAUUCCAUCAGUGAGUGAGGUGGAAGACAAGAAUGGUGUGCUUUAUCUCGGCUCAUAUGGGCUUCCUUACAUGUCAAGAUUGUAUUUAGCCAGCCUGGACCAAAGUUAAUCUUAAUUGUAAAUCAUUGUUAUACAGUUAAUUGUAUUAUGUUAAGAUAAUCUAUUCUUUUUUUUCUUUUCUUUUUUUUAUAAUUGCUAUUAUUAUAAUUAUCUCAGAAUUAUUACCAGCGAUAAGUUUGAAAUACAUUUUAAUGUAAACAAACCUGUU